UGAUAAUUUUUGACAGUUGACAUUUUUUGCAUCGGCUACUUUUCUUUUCGGUAUUUUUCAGGGAAAAAUCUGGGAAAAUAAGUGAAAAUAUUUGCCAAAAUCCCGCAAAAGGAGGUAAAAAUAGUACGCAGAGAUGUCGGAAUUUGUUUGGGCGCUGAAGAAUGGUGAUUUGGAUCAGGUGAAGGAUUUAAUUGAGAAAAAGGGCGUGGACGUUAACAGAGACAUCGAUGGACGGCGCCCCAUUCACUUUGCCGCCGACUACGGGCAGACGGAAGUGCUGGAGUACUUGAUACACAAAGGAGCUGAUGUUAAUGCUCUCGAUAAGCACGGUAUCUCCGUAAUCUUGGCAGCUAUCUGGGAAGGGCACACGAGUUGCGUUGAGACGUUGCUGAAGAAGGGCGCCAGCAAAGAAGGAUCCGCUCCCGAUGGCACCAGCUACCGAGAUGCCGCUGAGAAGCCGGAAAUCAAAGCACUACUCUCCUAAAGAGAAAUUCCAAUCAGAACGUACUUGAGUUUAAUCCUAACAUGACUUUUCCUCAACGAAAAAAAAAAGAAAAUCUUCCAGAGGAAAAGUCUCAACUAUUCGUGUUUGCUAUUGCAUUUUUCAUCGUAUAAAAGAAGUAUUUAUCUUUCAUGGAAUAUAAUGUAAAAGAUAGGAUGCAUCAAUUAUAUAUUUUAAGCUUUUUAUAUUAAAAAAUCACAAAAAAAGCUUUU